UGUCUUCGUUCAAGUGAUGGAAUCAAUGGCAAUCGAUCUCAUCAGCAUUCACAGCAACAACAAACACCAAUGGUGAUUUCCAGCUCCUCAGACAGUGAGGCCUCUUCAUCUGCUUUUGGUGUGCAGACUCCUCAACGUCGAGGUAUUGGUGGUCUCGUAAAAAGACAAAGGAACUCCCUCACUUGUUUGGAUGGUUUCCCUCGAGGAGGUGGUCAAGAGGAAGUGGUCGCGUUAUCACGUGCACGAUCUACUCAACUAAGAUCGAAAAAUGAGACCCCUCCAGCACUAUCAACAGCAAAUAUUCAACAACCACUGCCUCCAAAUACUCUGCCGUCUGCAUCACAACUUUUAUUUAUCAGAUUUAGAAAUCUCGGUUUCAAGGCUACCUGUGCAUAUUCCAUGAUUGGAAUUUUCACAGGUAUUUCCUACCGUCCUAAGACGCAAAGUGUCUACAGUGCUUCCUUCGUCCUUGUCACUUGUGACCAUUUCUCUUUUGCGCUUAUCUCCCAAAACAAGUCGAUGAACUCGCAUGCUGCAUCAACAGAGGAUCUAUUCCAUCUUCCCGAGUUGUGGCAGCAACAAAAUUCACAUCAUCAGUUCCCUCAUCGGAAUUCACCACUCUGUCAGCGUUCCGAUUCCACUUACGCCUGGCAGGAUGAAGGCAGUGGGGGCAUGACGUCGCACUUUCCUCUACCAGCCUAUCACCUCUCAGACACAGAGAUGCCAUCCCAACUCCCUCUCUCCACAUCUCAUCAUCAUCUCCCAGCACCACCUCAUCCUAGACGUGUCACUAAUCGUCUCAAGCGACGAAGACGGGCAUUUGGGGAGAGAUUCUACACUUUUGAUUCGCGAUAUCUUCCCCCUCAAUCAACAUCGACUUUGCAACCACAACAGUAA